AUGGAAACACACGUGUCUCUCGAAGGCACAGUGCAAGGCAAAGCGGCCACUCUUCGUCUUGUGGGCCAAACCUUGGAGGUCAUUUUGAACAAGAAGGAGACGUGGCUCCAGGUUCCGGUAGAACUGGUCCUGGAUGUGUCGUGGAAGUCACCACAUCUUCUGAUUUCGCUUCUUGCUCCCAAACGCCACUCAGAGCACGCUUCUCGGAUCCUUACGCGAGAUCAAUGGGCUCAACGACACGCGAACAAGCAUGUUGCAAGCCUUUCCUUGUUCCAAUUCCGCGCACACACGUAUGAUGGGAGCUCGUGGGCGAAUACCAUGAUGAAAAAGGCAUAUGAUCGCACCCCAGCCAGGCGCAGAGUGCUUGUCAUUUGCAAUCCAUCGAGCGGCAAGGGUCAUGCCAAGCAUGUGCUUGAAGAUGUGACGAAGCCUAUAUUUCAAGCGGCGAGAUUUGAACUUGACGUUGUUGAAACUACGGCGCGUGGAGAUGCAUUUCGCUUUUGCACCACGUUGGACGUGUCUCGGUACGAUAUAAUGGCCUUCGUCGGUGGCGAUGGCACAUUGCACGAAGCCAUCAAUGGCCUUGCUUCACGCAAUGAUGCAGUGCGCGCACUUUCCAUUCCACUGGUACCUAUACCUGCAGGCAGUGGAAAUGGGCUGUAUGUGAGUUUGCACGGUGCAGAGAUUGGAUUUUCUGCCCCCGUGGCAUGUUUGACCGCGAUCAAAGGCGUGCCCUAUUCGCAUGAAUUGAUGGCUGUGACGCAGCCGCUGGACGCUUUCGGAUCAAGCGGUCGCUGGCCGUAUACGCUACGGAAAACAACGAAGGACGGGCGUGGUUACGUGCAAUUCUAUUCGUUUAUGUCACAGGCGAUUGGUAUUAUGGCAGAUAUCGAUAUCGGCACAGAAGCAUGGCGAUUCAUUGGUGACAUACGCUUUACGUUGGGCUAUGUAUUUGCUGUUUUGCGAAAUAAGGCGUGUCCCAUCCAUGUUGAUGCGUAUUUUGGUGCUUCCGGCACGGCGAGUCAUGCCUCUAUGUACGAAUGUGCCCGGCAGACACCUGUUCGCGUGCUGCAGCGAAAUGGGCAGCUACAACACUCUAGUGCCAUUCUCCACCAUGAACAGAUGCAGCCUCAUACGCACGUGGACACAACAAAGGAUCUACCAUCUGACGUGCACAGACUCCGUUUUGGGACUGUGCUAGAUGAGCUCCCCAUGUCGCCCACGCCAUUUGAUCCCACGUCUGCAUCACAUCCGCCUUCCGAUGUAUGGACUCGGAUUCAUACAGCUGUCUCAACGGUGUAUACAGGCAAAGUGCCUUAUGUUGCUCGAAGUCUCCUGGCCUUUCCAUAUACCUGCCCGGACGACGGCCUUUUCGACGUCCUUCUUCAAGAGCAACGCUCAUCCGCUAUGAAAAAGAUUAUGGCAACCACGCGUGGGGAGACCGGCGACCACAUUUUCGAUCAUGGGAUGGACUACUUCAAAGUCGAGGCACUUCGCAUCACGCCAUACGAAAAUGCCAUGAAAAAGAACCCGCGUCAUUACAUUAGUAUUGACGGUGAAUCGGUCCCCUAUGCACCAUUCCAGGUGGAAGUGUCGCCUCUGCAUGUUUCGCUACUCACGCUGAGUGAUGACGAAUGGCUCGCUCCCAGCAUUCGUGCACGUACAAUCGAUUCGCAUGCAAGCCGAUAUGCGUCUACUGCGACUAGCCCCGAUUCAUAG